UUUGAUUGUAAUCCAUAUUCCAUAUAUGUAUAAAAGACAUAUGUUGUAAUCAUAGGCGGCAUAUGUAGAUAAGUUCAGGUUGAUGAAAGUUAUGUCCCUCAAAGGUAGUUUCAUAAUGGUCUAUACACUUUUUAACAUAAAUUGAAGUGCACAAAUGGAAAUAUGUAGUUUCUCAUGAUCUGAGGUUGGUCGGUGAAAGGGUAUAAAAGCAACAGAAUACAUUUUGUUAUCAUUUUUUCGGAAGCAAGAUGUGGGAGCCUCGAUUCCUUCUCGUAAUUAGGUUUUCACCCCGCCACAAUACGGUAAAUCUGAAAUAACCAAAAAUUUAUAUAGUACUAAAACUGUGGAACGUUAUGGACGAGGAUGAUGGCUCACCACUUGUUAAAAUCAAACUUGAACAAGAAAACGAAAUACUUUCUUCUCUCGAUGAAACCGUUUUCGUUAGCAACAAUGCUUUGUUUACAAUAAAGGACGAAACUACAAUCGAUGCACAGCACUCCGGAUUGCCACAUAAUGGAAACACGCAGCAACAGACUGAUUGUAAAUUGAAGAUUUUCAAAUGUGAUCUUUGCGAUUACACAACGAAUAUUAUAUUGCAGUUCAAACAACACUAUUUAAGACAUGAGGUUUCUAAAGACUUCACGUGUAUUGAUUGCGAUUACAGGACAAACAGUAAAGACAACCUUAGACGACACUCUUUAAGACAUAAGGUGUCUAUUAAUUUUAAAUGUGGCGAUUGUAAUUAUGGAACCGACAAAAAAUCGCACAUCAAAAGACACAUUUUGACACAUGCUUCGAAAGAUUUUAAAUGCGCUCAUUGCGAUUAUAUGACGAAUAAUGAAAGUUAUUUGAAACGACACAUUUUAAAACACAAACCUUCGAAGGAUUUUAAAUGCACCAGUUGCGAUUAUGGCACAAACAUACAAUCUCGCAUCAAACAACACCUUUUAAAACAUAAUGUUUCUAACAAUUUUAAAUGUGACAUUUGUGAUUAUGAAGCGAACACAAAAUAUUAUUUGAAACUGCACCUUUUGAAACAUGUUUCGAAGGAUUUUAAAUGUGUUAUUUGCGAUUAUGUGACAAAUAAUGAGACCUAUUUGAAACAGCACGUUUUAAAACAUAAAAUUUCCAAAGAUUUUAAAUGCGGCAGUUGCGAUUUCGGGACCAACUUCAAAAUUUCCUUCGAACGACACCUUUUGAAGCAUAAGGUUUCUAAAGAUUUUAUAUGCGCUAAUUGUAAUUAUGGGACAAACAGAAAGUUUGACUUCAAACAACACAUGUUGAAACAUGCGCCUUCUCCAAAUUUUAAAUGUGACUAUUGUGAUUACGGGACUCACAUAAAAUCUUGUUACAAACGACACCUUUUGAAGCAUAAGGUUUCUAAGGAUUUUAAGUGUGCCAGUUGUAAUUUUGAAACGAACAUAGAAUCCAGCUUUAAAGUUCACCUUUUGUCACACCAAGCUUCUAAAGAAUUUAACUGUGCCAAUUGCGAUUAUGCAACAAACAGUAGAGACAACCUUAGACGACACCUUUGGAAACACAGAGUUUCUAAAGAUCUUAAAUGUACUAUGUGUGAUUAUGGGACGAAUAAUAGAAGCCAUUUGAAACGGCAUCUUUUAAGACACAAAUCUAAUGUUUUCAAAUGUGCUAAUUGCGAUUAUGAGACGAAAAGCAAAAAUAAUUUGAAACGCCACCUUUUAACUCACAAACUUUCCAAAGAAUUUAAAUGUGUCAAUUGUGGUUACGAGACUAAUAAGAAAUAUGACCUAAAACGACAUCUUUUAAGAUAUAUUAACCGUUUUCGUACAGUGGCUGCUUAUACAUCAAAAAUUUAAUUGAACAAAGAAGUUUAUUGCCUGUCAGACGUUUAAUUUAAUUCAAACAGUUUGGUUACACUGGAAGGGGAAGGGAAUUCGGCAAUCACUGAGUAGGUAACCGCCAUUUCUUCUGGAUCUGAUUGAAUUUGUAAAUAAAAGGAACAUUUUGAAUAUGAUUUAAAAAAUCAUUUAUUACUAUGUGUAUUGUAAGUUAAGUUUAAUUCCGUAGUUUAUUUAUUUACAAUUAAUUAACAAUAAAUUUAUAACAGUGUUAAAAUGAAUUAAUUAAUAAUAGUUAAAGUAUUAUUUAUCACACGCAUAUACACAAUUUGUAG